AUGGCUACAGCUGAAGGGCCUGCGCGGGCACAUGACCGCAACGGUCGCCGCCACCCCUUCUCGAGCUGGAUGAAGCGCCUAGCCAGCCUGAAAAGCUCCUCCGACUCUGGCUCGGGUCGUUGGUCUCACAAGCGACACGCUGCUGCUAAAAUCAAGAAGAACGGGGGCAACAACCCCUACCCGUUGUCGGGAACCGUCAAUCGUCAGGCAGGAAACCCCAACCCAAGCGAUUCCUACCCAGAAGUUGGCGAGGAUCACGCGUCUCGCUCGCGAAGCGAUCCCUCCUUCGCUUACUCUAGCUAUGAGCAUCCGGUCCCCGCGACCAGCGCCAAGUCGAAUGCCCCCACUAUCUCUACAAACGGUGACACCGCGAUCUCGGAGGCCGGCGAAGGCAGCACUUUCUCAUCACCUGCACCAUCUGUUCGUUCCCUGACCACCACCUUGACUACCGUGCAAUCGGCCGCACCCUCUACCCAACUGUACCCCGCGCAGAGCACGCAACAAGGACACGCACACGGAAACUCAGCACAAAGUUCUGGAACCCAGCAGGUUCAAUUCUCGCACCAAUUCCCUACCUCCUCAUCGCCCGCGACGGCUGUGCCCGGGCACCUGAUCACCCACAGCCAAACCUACAACACGGCGACCGCGAACAACGUUCUAACCGACAAUGCAUCUAUCCUCACAUUGGCUAGCUCGUCCAAGCGCCGCCGCCGAAACUCCCUGGACACCAAUGCCUCUGUCCGCGCGCUCGCACCAUCAUCCGUCUUCGGUGGCAGCCGAGAGAGCUUGCCGCUUAGUGUCCUCAGUGGUAACGUGGUAGAGCCGUCCAACUCAUCCACGUUCAAUGCGCAAGGUGUUUUGAAUCGCCCAAGUCUGGUCGGCCUUGCCAGCGCCGAGCGUAUCAGUGUCUAUUCGACCUCCGGCGCAGCACCCAUUACCGCCACAGGCGAGCGGGGCAGCUUCUACCCAGCGAAGGUGACCCCUGCCACAGGCGACGGAGCGAGUAUUCGCAGCGGUGCGCCUUCCCAUAGCCGAAACGAUAGCACAGCAGCUAGCAUCACCGGUGUGGGUAGCCCCCUUGCCAUGACCUCGGGCCGUGUCAGUCGACGAAGCUCCGGAUGGGGCGAAAUUACUGGCGAUGAGUCCGAAGAAGGCCGAGUUGAGCGAACGGACGACAAGGCCACGGUAAGGCCUGAAGAGGGUCUACACGAAGAACCCAAAGAAAUUUAA